AUGAAGCAGCAGCGCAGUGCCCGAGACUGGGACGCGCCACCGUGCCAGUGCCCGGAGCGCUGUCAGGCAGUGCUGGGAUCCCGGGUGUGGUUCUGGUCUCCAGAGGUGAGGAAUGGCAGCCCCAGGCUCAGAGCCAGUCAGAAAGCCAACCAAACGCUGGAAGCGACCGCGUGCUGGAAAAUCUCGCGGGGUGGCGUGCAGGCGGCGCAGGCGGCGGAGCGGGGCCCCGGCUUUCCCCGCCCUUUCUGCCGGCAUCUGUGGAAGGUCAAGAGCAGGUAUCCUUUGGGAAUGUCUGAAUGUCUGACGGUGGUAUUUUUCUUUAUGGCUUCCAGUACAAAACAGCACGAGUGGAUCCUCAGAUUUCUUGGGGAAGGGCUGCGUGACAAACAUUGCUGUGAGCUUUAUGUCUACCAGGGGAUUUUCCAGGUCAUUCCUUCCUUUCUCAGCAGUCCUUUGUGUGACGAGGGCUCCCAGCGUCGUAUUCUGGAGAUACGACAGAGUGCUGCCCGUGUCACCUCUAGAGCUGCCCAUGAGCUGAUAGAGGAUCACAGCCUCCUCUCGGGGGUCCUGCACGGCUUAGAGAAAAGGUUUCUGGAGAACCAGGUGAUAAAUAACAUGAUUUCCUUACUCCAUCCUCUGUGGCUAAUAAAUUUAGGAGACAAGAGAGAAAACAGGAAUCGAUCCCAGAUGCUGCUGUUGAGAUGGACAUAUGAUCUAUCUAUCUGUAUAUAGAUAUAUGUGUAUAUAUAUGUAUAUCUGUGUAGUGAUAAUAAUGGGAGUUUUUAUGAUACGUUGCUUUACUGUUUUAUAUUUUUAAUAAAGUGUGAUUUUAAGUUA